AGUAACCGCAUGCAACUAAAUUGGGUUUUCUGAAAACGUUAACGCGGUCAUAUACUCUAAAAUAUCAUAAAAUGAACCCUGAGCCGCCUGGAUUCAGAAAAGGAAGACACCACAACAAAGGAAACAACUCAAUACCUGACAGAUGGACUGAUUACACGCCAAUUGGUAGUGUUAUAGCUGGCACAAGGUUUGUUACAUUCAAAGUGCCAUUGAAUGAGAAAUUUCACUCAAGACUGGCAAAAGAUCAAUGGUUCACUCCACAAAUGCUCAUCAAUCACAUGACUGAUAGCAACCAAUCGCUAGGCCUAGUGAUUGACCUGACCUUUACCACCCGCUACUACCAACCAGAAGAAUUCACCAGCCACGACGUGCUGCACCAGAAAAUCUUAGUACCGGGUCACGAAAUUCCAACAAUUAACAUAAUUAAAACUUUCUACAAGGCAGUAGAUGCUUUCUUAGAAUCCAGCCCAGAUCACUUGAUUGGAGUCCACUGCACUCACGGUGUCAACAGAACCGGCUACAUUGUGUGUCGGUACAUGGUUGAGCGACUGGGAAUGAAGCCAGAAGAUGCAUUGGAAGCAUACAAAACAGCCCGUGGGUAUCCAGUUGAGAGAGAAAACUACGUCGCUGAUCUGAUGACCCGUUCCAGAAUUGAAGACUACGACCCAGACUCUGGAGAAGAAAAAGAAAUCAAAGAGGCAGUUGAUCAUCAGAGAAAGACCAAUGCCAACUUUACUAAAGAACCUGAAACUUUUAACAAUCAGUCAGAUAACUAUGAAAGAAGGAACAAUCAGUCAGGAAACUAUGAACGAAGACAAUACAAUAAUUAUAGACACGAUAGUUACCCUGGGUUUCAAGACAGUCGUCAACAUCCUUACAGGAAUGGAAGUAGCACUGUACAACCGCCCUGGGAAGGUCAAGGUCAUUACAAUGACGGUUACUAUGGAAACAGAAACACAGAUGCAGCACAAUCCGCAGCCCAAGAAGCAGCAAGAAUCAACCAGCAACUAGGAGUAUCCUCACCUCAGGGUGGAAUGCAUCAACAGGGAGACCAGAUGGGGGGCAUGGGGAUAGUCAUCACAGAGGAGUACAAGGUUCCCGACAGGAUGGUCGGACUCAUUAUUGGGAAAGGUGGAGAACAGAUCGCCAGACUUCAAACUGAGACCAGCUGUAAAAUACAAAUUGCUCCAGAUUUUGACUUUGUAGACAGCAAUGGAAUGCCAGAAAGGUCUACUACUUUGACUGGGACACCACAGUCUAUCGCGAAGUUCAAGGAGGAGAUCAAGAAGAUCAUCCAGCGUGCCCAGGGCUCGGACCAUGGCUACGGUGACAUGUCUGGUAACCUGGAGAUCAUGAUCCCUGGCAACAAGGUCGGACUCAUCAUCGGCAAGGGAGGGGAGACCAUUAAACAACUCCAGGAGAAGUGUGGAGUGAAGAUGCUGAUGAUCCAGGACAGCAACACGCCCACGGCCUAUGAGAAGCCCCUGCGUAUCUCUGGCGACCAGAUGAAAUGUCAACAGGCCAAGGAGAUGGUUAUGGAGCUACUUGCAUCCAAGAAUGAUGUCAUGGGCUUCUCCAAUGGUAUGGGAGGGUUUGGUGGAGGGGGUAGAGGGGGAGGAGGAGGAGGAGGGGGUGGCAUGGAUAUGCCUGUACCCCGGGCAGCUGUAGGCAUAGUGAUCGGUAAGGGAGGAGAGAUGAUCAAGAAGAUACAGCAGGAUACUGGGGCCAAGGUCCAGUUCAAGACAGACGAUGGUCAUUCUGAGGACAGAGUCUGCUCCAUCAUGGGACCACCAGACAAGGUGCCGGCUGCCAGAGCCAUGAUUCAGGACCUCCUGAAUAACUCCAACUAUGGAGAUGGUGGUAUGGGGCGUGGUGGUGGAGGUUUCCGUGGAGGCAGGGGUGGUGGUCGGGGUGGCUUCAACCAGGGCCCUGGGCGAGGUAUGGGGGGCCCUGGUGGCUUUGAUGAGGGAAACUACCAGGACCAGACCACGUUCUAUGUACCUGCUGAUAAGUGUGGACUCGUUAUUGGGAAAGGUGGAGAGACCAUUAAGAACAUCAACAGUACAACUGGAGCCCACGUGGAGCUGCAAAGGAACCCAGGCCCCAACCUGAAUGAGAAGGCUUUCAACAUCCGAGGUGAACCCGGUCAGAUCCAGCAUGCCAUCCAGAUGAUCUGUGAGAAAGCUGGUCUUCCCUAUGAUGGUCCAGGAGGUGACAUGUACGGGGUUGGUCCAGGAGGUCCCCCACAGGGAGGACCAGGGCCAUACGGGGGUCCAGGUCCACAGGGGCAUGGACAUGGGGGAUAUGACCAGUAUGGGGGGCCACAGGGAGGGCCUGGACCCAACCAGUCAGGCUAUGGGGGUGCUCCACAGGGCUGGGGAAAUUACAAUCAGCAGUUCCCAGGACAGGGGCAGCAACCAGUGGCUCCUGGUGGAGGCGAUCCCAGUAAGGGCCAGGACCCUCAGGCUGCAGCAUGGGCAGCCUACUAUGCCCAGUACUAUGCUCAGUAUGGUCAGCAGGGAGCCGGCGGUCAGUACGGGCUGAAGGGAGCCGGCGGUCAGUACGGGCAGCAACCCCAGCAGCCUCAACAGAUGCAGCAGAGUACACCACAACUUAGUACACCAGUCAUAAACCCGGCUACUGGACAGCCAGACUACUCGCAGGCUUGGGCGGAGUACUACAGACAGCAGGGCAUGUAUCAGCAGGCCAACGCCAUUCUGGCCCAGCAGCAGCAGGCUGUGGCCGUGGGACAGCAGGGGCGGCAACCACAGCAGUAACAACACAGCACACACCACAGUUCAAUCCCUUGCUCUUGGAGAGGUAGGCCUCACCCAGUUGGUGGUUCUUAGAAAUCAAACGUCUCCUACUAUCUCCAUGUUUUAUGUUUGUUACUGAGUUUUCUGUGAAGUUCUUGCACAUCUUUGGUUCAACCUAUCGGCAACGUGGAAGAUGCUGCCAAGGAGUGAGGAAUUGCAAAUCUUCAAACUUUGUCAAUUUGAAUCUUGAGUCUGCAUUGUGUUAUCUAACCAUGAAUAUCUGGACUUGGAACAUGCUCAGUUGAAUAAUUAGUUCCUAUUAUGAGUUUACGACUAGCCAAAGUAUGAUUGUAUAGUGUUCAUUUUUAUCAAUUAAAUGGUUUCUUUUGUAAACAUUGCAUAACAAAUUUCAUAUUGUUGCAUUAUUGGUUCAACAAGUUUGCAAUGCCAUAAUAUUUGAUAUAUAUUUGUAUCUACUUCAACAUUGGUUGUUUUGAUACAUGUUUUUGUAUGGAUAACAUCUUGUAAAUAAUGAAUGCUAUUAAUAGAUAAUUGCCUCUCUGAUUAUGUAACAUUCAAUGCUUCAUGUAUGUAAUAUAUAGAUAUAUUUUCCAUGUUCAUGAUAUGGUAAUUUCACACGGUGCGUUCAUGAUAUGGUAAUUUCACAUUGUGCAUUGUUGUCAUUGAUGUAAGAAACACUCAAUAAUCUUUAUUGAUGGACUCGUUGUGAUAAUUGACAUAAAAUGUGAUUGAUUAUACGUUUUAUUGUGCGCUCGGUAUAUUAUAGUUUGUUUGAUUUUGAUGAUACUUGUGUUAUUAAUGCCUAGUUGUGUAACAUAUGUUUGAAGUUUGUUAAAAUUUCUACGAACAUCAUCUUUUAUUUCCAUUUUUUGUGCAGAUAGCUUUUAGGGUCCUUCAUGUAUGACUUUUAAAAAUGUAUAAAAAUAUGAAUAUGUUU